AUGUUACAAGAAGAAAGAAAGUCAGAGUCACCUGCACUACCCCAGACCAGGCACUCUACCUCACAAUGCAGUGAGGAGAUAGGGACAGAUGCUGUCAAAGACACGUACCUGAGGAGAUUCUCCAUCACUCCAGAAGGUGGACAAGUUCAUCUGAAGGAAGUUGGAGUAUUCUUGUUAGUGCCUCCAGGAGCUCUGGCUGAAACUACAGAAAUGUUCAUUGGUAUAAGUUGGAGAGAAGAAGACAUGCCACCGCUGCCACCAUGUCAGACUAGAGCAAGUCCAGUUGUUGUCUGCGGACCACAUGGCCUCAGGUUCAGAACACCAGUGUACUUGUCAUUUUAUCACUGCAUAUCAGGAACACGUCAGAGAAAGAUGGGAAAGAUCCGUCCUGAAAAUGUAACUCAUUAUUCAAGAAUGGACAAUCCAUUUUACAUAUGGCAGUCAGAAACUCACUUAAAUGACCCUUGUCGGUGGAAAGUAUUGAGCAAUGCUUCUGUUGUGUUGACAAACACCAAAUGUGUCUUAACCACGAACCAGUUCUGCAAACACAGUUUGUCAUGUGACAGUAAGCGUCUUUCUGCCUUGGUGUUUGGGUCAUUUCAGCCUCUACAUGUCCCCUUGCUGAAACUGAUGGUGUGCUGUGUCAAUGACACCCGAGAUGAGGUAGAGAUUGUGAGAACUUAUGCUAAGGAAUCACUCCUCAUGGAGAUGUUAGAUUUGGCAAAGAAGUUUCAAUUCUUAACUUGUGAGUACAGUGAGAGUGAAGAUAAGGAGUCCUAUGAUGUCAGCCUUUUGUUGGACGAGUUUGAGACAGAGUGGAAGUUGCAUACAGAUUCUCAGGAAAAGGUGAUAAAGUAUGUGAAAUUGCUGAAAAGUGACAUGUAA